ACAAACGGAGUUCCUCCAAAGUGUAGGACAGUCGCUUUGAGACAUGUGGAAAUGCGCUCACCAGCCGUGAUUACACUGUGAGCGCGCGCUCCUCUUGAGCCACCUGUCUCCUCGGAGAACCACUCUUUUGCUGCUGCAUCAUGAGCUGCUCCAAACCUGAUAUCCUGUGGUCCCCGCACCACCCGGACCGCUAUGUCAUCUGCGACUCGGAGCUGGGCUUGUACCGCAUCGGGCCUGUGAGUGGAGCCGAGUCCAAGGCGGGUACCCUUCCACUGUCAGACGAAACCGCUGCCACACUCCUUGCCAUCAAUUCCGACACUCCCUAUAUGAAAUGCGUGGCCUGGUACCCCAAACACGAGCCUGAAUGUUUGCUAGCUGUUGGUCAAGCUAACGGUAGGGUCGUCCUCACCAGCUUGGGGCAGAGUCAUAAUUCUGCUUGUAAAGAGCUCGUCGGGAAAGAAUUUGUGCCUAAACAUGCCAGACAGUGCAAUACUUUAGCUUGGAAUCCUGUUGAUAGUAACUUACUGGCAGCUGGUCUGGACAAGCAUAGAGCGGACUUUUCAGUUCUCAUAUGGGACAUUAGCAGUAAGUAUUCCCCUGAAGCGAGCGUUGCAACCGCAGAGAAGAUCCGUUUAUCGUCUUUGGAUCUAGAUUCAAGCACAGUGGUGACUAAACCUUUGUACGAGUUAGGGCAGAAUGACGCUUGCCUGUCACUUUGCUGGUUACUACGGGAUCCAAAGUUGCUCCUAGCUGGGAUGCAUAGAAACCUGGCCAUUUUCGAUCUGAGGAACACCAGCCAGAAGACAUUUGUGAAUACUAAAGCCAUCCAGGGCGUGACAGUGGAUCCCCACUUCCAGGACAGGGUGGCAUCAUUCUUUGAGGGGCAGGUGGCCAUAUGGGACCUGAGGAAGUUUGAGAAGCCCGUGCUGACGCUGACUGAGCAGCCCAAACCACUUACCAAGGUUGCCUGGUGUCCCACACGCACUGGCCUGCUAGCCACCCUGACCCGAGAUAGCAACAUCAUCCGCCUGUACGACAUGCAGCACGCUCCCACCCCCAUCGGAGACGAGACAGAGCCCACCAUCAUCGAGCGCAGUGUCCAGCCCUGCGACACUCAGAUUGGGAGCUUCGCCUGGCACCCGUCUUCCCAGAACCGUAUGGUGGUCGUGUCCGCCGCCAACCGCGCCAUGACCGACUUCACUGUGUUCGAGCGCAUCUCCCUAGCCUGGAGCUCCACCACUUCCCUGAUGUGGGCGUGUGGGAGGUACCUGUAUGAGUGUGCGGAGGACGGGGCAGCGGGCAUGGAGGCCGACAUAGCCACCAAGAUGAGGCAGAGGGCCCAGUCCAGGUAUGGCCAUGACACAGGACAGGUGUGGAGGAACCAUUUGCUGGCAGGGGGGAGUGACCCACAGCUCAAGUCUCUGUGGUACGACCUCUCCUAUAUGAAACAGUGUGCAGAGGACCUGGAGCUGAAAUUGCAGGGGAACAAGCAGUCUGUGGUCUACUCUGGGAUCAAGAACAUUGUCAAAACCAGCUCUGGCACGACGGAGAGCCGCAGGUGCUGGAGCGGCUCGGAGCGUCAGGCGGACGUGCCCCGGUUCCACAGUGAAGAGCGUGGACUGGCCCUGAGGCUGUGCGGCUGGACGGGCCGGGGGUCAGACCAGGAUGUGGAGCCCCUCCUCCGGACCCUGGAGCAGGAGCACGAGUGGGAGAGAGCAGCGGCUGUGGCCCUAUUUAACAUGGAUAUCCGCAGAGCCAUCCAGAUCCUCAACAAGGGAGCCACUGCAGACAAAGGAGACUUGAACCUGAACGUGGUGGCUAUGGCUCUGUCGGGAUACACAGAUGAGAAGGCGUCUCUGUGGAGGGAGAUGUGUAGCUCCCUCAGAUUGCAGCUUCAGAACCCAUACCUCUGCGUCAUGUUCGCCUUCCUCACCAGCGAGCCCGGGGCCUACGACGGAGUGCUGAAUGAGAGCAGUGUGGCGGUGAGAGAUCGAGUGGCCUUUGCCUGUAUGUUUUUAAAUGAUACACAGUUACCUCGGUACAUUGACAAGCUGAGUGGGGAGAUGAAAGAGGCAGGGAACCUGGAGGGCCUCCUGCUGACCGGCCUCACCAAAGACGGAGUGGACCUGAUGGAGAGCUAUGUGGACCGCACAGGGGAUGUACAGACCGCCAGCUUCUGUAUGCUCAAGGGCUCCACAGGGGAGGUGCUGAAGGACCCUCGGGUGCAGUGCUGGAUCGAGAACUACCGGAACCUCCUGGAUGCCUGGAGGUUCUGGCACAAACGCGCCGAGUUUGACAUCCACAGAGGCAAACUAGACCCCAGCUCCAAGCCACUGGCACAGGUGUUUGUGAGCUGUAACUUCUGUGGGAAGUCCAUCUCGUACAGCUGCGCGGCCAUUCCCCACCAGGGCCGGGGCUUCAGUCAGUACGGGGUCAGCGGAUCGCCCACCAAGUCCAAAGUGACCAGCUGCCCGGGCUGUAGGAAGCCCCUGCCCCGCUGUGCCCUGUGCCUCAUGAACAUGGGCACGCCCGUCUCCAACUCUCCAGGCCCAUCAAAGUCAGAGGAGAAGAUGGAUCUGACCAGAGAGAACAAACUGGCUCAGUUCAACAACUGGUUCACCUGGUGUCACAACUGUCGGCACGGCGGACAUGCUGGACACAUCCUCAGCUGGUUUAGAGACCACAGCGAGUGCCCCGUGUCAGCCUGCACCUGUAAGUGCAUGCAGCUAGACACCACGGGGAACCUGGUACCUUCAGACAGCAGCUAGAUGGGACCUAUACCGCCCCUAACCUGUGCACCAGCAGCUCCAGAGGGCCCCAAACCACUGCCCCACCUCCAUGGAGACUUUGAGCGGACAGCAGGGGGCGCCUUGGCUAACGUGGCUAACCGGUGAUGUGACCUUCAUAAGCUGUGGCCAUCAGCCUUUUUUGUGCCAUUAAUAGAUCUCCAUCGAGGCAGGACCCUAUUUUCUGCUGACAUGAGCUAGAUUUAUCAGGGAAACUAAAUACAUUUGUCACCACUCAGAUUUCAGGUUUUUUUUAAUAAGCAUAGAUCUAUCACAGACAUGGGCAAACUAUGGCCUGGGGGCCACACAUGGCCCUUUGAGCAUAUUAAUCCGGUCCGACAUGGCCAAAUUAUAUUAAAAUAGGUAAGGGUAAACCUUGAUCAACAUUUUUCUGCUGUGUUUAUUUAACUGAAAUUGAAUAAGUUAAUUUAAUUAAUGCAUUAGGAAACCAAUUUGUACAAUGAGCUUUGCAU